AUGUCCGAGAUCGCUCCCGCCCCCGCCGCUGAGGCAGCGCCCCCCUCCCCGGCCAAAGUUCCCGCCGCCAAGAAGCCAAAGAAGGCGGCGAGCGGCUCCAAAGCCCGCAAGCCCGCGGGGCCCAGCGUCACCGAGCUGAUCACCAAGGCCGUGUCCGCCUCCAAGGAGCGCAAGGGGCUCUCGCUCGCCGCGCUCAAGAAGGCGCUGGCCGCCGGCGGCUACGAUGUGGAGAAGAACAACAGCCGCAUCAAGCUGGGGCUCAAGAGCCUCGUCAGCAAGGGCACCCUGGUGCAGACCAAGGGCACCGGCGCCUCCGGCUCUUUCCGCCUCAACAAGAAGCCGGGAGAAGUGAAAGAAAAAGCCCCGAAGAAGAGGGCGCCUGCAGCCAAGCCCAAGAAGCCCGCCAGCGCCGCUAAGCCCAAGAAAGCGGCGGCGGUGAAGAAGAGCCCCAAGGCCAAGAAGCCGGCGGCCAAGAAAGCAGCCAAGAGUCCCAGGAAAGCAGUAGCAAAGGUUGCUAAGCCCAAGAAGGCGGCGGCAGCAGCGAAGAGCCCGGCUAAGGCAGUCUUGAAACCUAAAGCAGCCAAGCCUAAUGCUCCAAGGGCAAAAGUGGCCAAGGCAAAGAAGGCAGCGUCCAAGAAGUGAGGAAAGCCCUUGCUCUGCAUUUUAACCAAACGGCUCUUUUAAGAGCCACCCAAAUUUUCUUUAGAAUGGCUGAAGUUGUUUAAAUUGUUCGGUCAAGAACAUACUUCAACUGGCAAGAAAAAAGGUGAAAAUAAACGUAGAAGUAGCAUGAUUGUUAA